GGAAAUUGGUGGAGAGCAGAUCUUGCACUUGCUCGUCCCGCCGGACCAAUCUUUACGAGCGGGCCACUGAGAGGCGAGAAGGACAAGCAGGACCCAUCAAAUGGGCACAGGCCCACCGCUCUGCUAUUUGGGGCUGAGGACUCGACCCCUGCUUUCGAUGAAAUCUGGCAAGGCUUAGGGGGACUUCGACACGCUGGACCGCCGUCCGCCGACUGACCCAUGCUAACCGCUCAGCUUUUCGCGAUCACCUCGCUACUCUAGGCCUAGUCUUUUCCCACCCACGCCCCGCGAUCAGCCCCAUGCUGGUUGCUGACACACGCCCUCAGUCUAGUGAUUUCUCCUGUGUAGCCUGUUCGGACACACCCACCGCCAAUGUGCUUGUUGAGGUUUUGUUCUGGGUCAAUGUGAGGGAACGGGCUUUGAUCUGCAGUACAACAUGAGUAUGCGUAUGGCACAGUUCACAAUGCAUCAGCACCACCCCAUUUCCCCUUAACAUCUCGCUUCUGAUCCUUUUUUGCCCUACCACAGCUUAUCGGAUGACGGACAAGCCGGCAGCCGUCUGGAUGAGGUUCGAGGUGGGGGCCCGUUUUCAGCUUCUCGCCGAGGUGCCCAUCCACUGGACGAUCUUAUACGAUGGCAGCCAGGGGCGUUUUUUUUUCUCCCUCCCGUCAUCUCCCCCUGCUUACCGCACCCGGGCCCUGGCUCGCGGGGUGGAGGUUAUCUUGCCAGGUUCCUAUCGACGACUGCCUGGUCGCAUAUCGCGCUGAUCCGUCGUCUUUCCACCCCUCUGCACCACCCUCACUUCUUUGCUGUGCCGCACCCAUUCUGCGGCCCUUGUGCACCCAAGACCUGCCACUUUUCUUCGACCUGUUCCCUCGUUUCUGAUCCAUCUUGACUCCAGUGCGCCACUACUUUGUGUUGUUAUCUCGCCGCCCUCGCCGAGCUGGCCGACACAUCUCGGCUGUCCUUUCCUUCACAACGCCUUAAAGGUCUAGUGCGAUAGUUCAUGUCUGUUGGCGCGUAGCGCCUAGCCUGUUUCCUUUAUCCAUCCUAAGGGGUAACGAUACGCUCCUAACGACAUCCACGAGUUGGGGUACCGACCUCGGGGUUCGCGUCGAGAUGGUUUCCCUCGCCGGGCGCCCUGCCAGGGCGCUCCCAUCAUCCAUGCUCAUCCUCUGCCUGGCGGUGCAGUCUUGCUCGGCCACCAUGGCGGCCUGGUGGACCGAUCUUGGUGCCCAGGUGAUAAAGCAAAACGAGACGACGGGUGCCAUCAUGUACAGCUUCUGCAACAGCAGUGGCACGCCUGUAUUUCCAGUUGACCCGCCAAACACGCUGUCGCUCGCCUUUGAGCCACGGAACGGCACCGCGUUGACUGGAAGGGGCUGGUGGGAUAGCAGCAAGACGGUGGCCUCAAUUUUCUACCAGAACAAGGAUGGUGGUAUUGUGAACACCUUCCACGAGUGCAAUCACAAGACGGGCAAGUUCAACAAGCUCAACGACCGCAUUAUAUCCGACGACAAACCACCGGUGCACAGCACCACGGGAAUCGCCUCUGUCCUCCUCGGCGAGACGGACGGGUACCGUGUCUACUAUCACGAUACCAACAAGACUAUCCAGUCGAUUGGAUACGACCCUGUAGCAAACAGCUUCUAUCAUGCCGGCGUCGUGUCGCGAGAUACCACGUCGGGCUUUGCUCUUGGGGCUCAGUUCCAGGAAAAGACUCGCAACAUCACGAUGGCCUAUCCCAGAGACAGCGCAAACAUAGGAGUGGCGCGCACCAACUCGGACGGUAGAUACUGGCUAGCGACUACGCCACGCCCGCUGGCUCUGGGGAUCAACGUGACAGCCAACACGAAUCUUACCAACACGACCAACAUCCAGACAGAUGCCCAGUCCGCCACAAACUUCUCGCUCCCAGCCUGGACGGGCAAUCCCAAGUCCCUGGAGGUCGCCAUCGACAAGGCUAUAACUCGCAGCAUCUUCUACAUCGGCAGCGACCGCGCCCUGCACCAGGUCGGCAACAUCAACUGGGUCUGGCGGCUAAUGAACACGAACCUGUCGACCAGCCUGUGGCCGCUCGCGGACGAGCCGAACGCCGAGUUCGCCCUUGCAUCGCACCAGCCGACGUCCGUCAUACGUAUCUACUACAUGGUCAACAAGGUGCUGACCGAGAUCAAGUUGGAUACGGACGGCCUCUGGAAGCCGGCCGCGGCCCUGCCAGUCGUCUCGGCCAACGGGUCGCGGCCGCCCACGGACCCGAACAGCAGCCCCGCCGACCCCGGCCAGUCGGGCGUGCCGGACCAACACGACGGCGGCUCCGGACAGCUGUCCCUCGGCGCCAAGGCCGGGAUCGGCGUGGGCGUGGCGGUGGGCGUCCUGGCCAUCAUGGGCGUCGUCCUCGUCAUCUGCAUUAUGAAGCGCAAGAAGAGGGCGCAGGCCGAGGCAGAGGCCGAGGCUAAGGCGCAGGCCGAGGACGAGGAGCGGCAGAAGACGGCGCUCGCGGCGCAGCACCAGCAGCACCAGCAGCAGUACUACUACGGGCACGGCGGCUCGCCGCCGCCGCAGCCCGCGACGCCCUUCUCGGACGGCACCGGCAGCAUGUGGGGCGGCUAUGACAAGAAGCCGAUGGGCGGCGGCGCGGGCAGCCCGCCGCCGGCGAUGCCGCCGCAGGAGCUGCACUCGGUGGCGUCGGCGCACGAGCUCGCCGACCCGCGCUACACGACGCACGAGCUGCCCGACCAGAGGCCCACGCUCGAGAUGGACGGCCACGGGGCGGCCGGGCCUGAGAGCCAGGCGCUGAUGCACCAGGGGCAGCCCAGCUAUCACAAGCCAUGAUCGCGUCGCUGAGGGUGUGCCUGCAGGGGGGAAUGUUUACCCAAGCUUUGCGGGCCGUCAGAGGUUGUGUUGGGCUGUGCUUCUACUGCCGGUGGUGUUCGGUGUUGUACCAAAAUUAUAGUCUUGAAUUCCUGUAAUAUCUUGAUGACGGCUCUACUUCUUCGGCUACCGGAUUCCAGUUCUCAAAGUUGGUCGCAUGUGUCAGUUUUAUAUCACUGGUGGUUGUAGACUUGCGACUCUUUAAACUACCUCCCUUCAUAAUGUCAAGGACUAUGGCUUGUCUGGUAAGCAAGUAUCGAUAUGAGGUAGGUAGGUUCGG